CCAAGGAUGUCUGAAUUUAACGCAAGUGUAAAUUUGUGUGAGUUUCAUUCGUCCCUUUAAGUAGCCAAUCGUCUAGAAUUCUUCAUGAAGAAUUUAGAAAUAAUUGGCAGAAGUAAACGGCAGUUUGCUUCCUUUUACUGCCUAAAAUACUUACAUUAACGACGUUUCCUUUCAUAUUAUUCGGUUCGUCAAUUAUUUCACACCGCUCCAAAAUGACGCUCAAAAGCGAUCUGCGGUUACUGCUAAAACCAUAUUACUUUAUAAACAUUCUUAUAAGCUUGUCUUACAUCGUGUCAAAACGAAUACCAUUUAUAUGCCAUUAUGUGUUCGGGCAAAUGGAGUGUGAGCUUGAUGGGAGAGAGACGGAAAUCUUAUUCUUCUUAAUAAUAGUUAUAAUGAUCAGGACACGGAAAGCAGGAAGUGUGACAAUGAUAAAUUAUCUGACGUCCAGUUUUGUAUAUACAAAAGCCGCCAACUUAAUUUUAUGGUUUUAUGCUGACUUUCGUAUGGGUAUCCUCUUCGCAGUAUUAUUUAUCUUAUGUGGUUUAAUAUUACCAGAACCAACUUAUAAAGGUCCAGAAAAUAUAAUCUAUUUAAGAGGAGCGACUGGUCUACAGGAAGAAUUACGUGACUCUAGAAUUACAUGGCUAGUAGCAUUCUAUACCGCCUGGAAUCCAGCCUGUGUAAAUUUUGCUCCAAUAUUUUCACAGUUAUCAGCUGAAUUUGCUUUAGAAAACUUUAAAUUUGGCAAAGUUGAUAUUGGUAGAUAUCCAGAUGCAGCUGCCAAAUAUCGCAUUAAUGACUCCAGUACAAGUAGACAACUUCCAACUCUAAUUUUAUUCAAAAAUGGCAAAGAAGUUGAAAGACGACCUCAUUCCGAUCAUAAGGGAAAGCUAGUAAAAUUCCUCUUUUCGACUGAUAAUGUAAAGGCAGCUUUUGAUCUCAACAAUGUGUUCAAGGAUUGCAAAAACAAUCCCGUCAAGAAAAAAGAUAAACGAUCAUUAAAAGCCGAAUGAGUUAAUUAUCCAAGCUUGCAUCUUUAUGCGCACAGACUUUUAGGUUAGUAGUACUACUGACCUGAAAUGCGUCGCCAUUAUUCCACAAAUUAUAGGGAUUGUUAGAAUAUACAAAGCCGAGUUCGAUACAAUGCGGCGCACAGUGCCAUGGUGUUCUCAUUCAGAAUUUGAAUUUUUCAAACAUGCGCUUAUUGCUAUCCGGUUGUAGAUUUUAUUUUAUUUUACAAUUAUUUAUCAAUGGAAUACUCUAAAAAAAUUUAUCAAUAAUGAUAUCAAUGACAAGAUAUGAUCACAUAUUUAUAAGAAUAUAUUUUUUGUCGCUCAUGCAUUGAUUGUAAGUAUCAAAGAUUUUUUUCCAAACAUUCAUGUUUAAAUCGCAACAUUGUGUGCUAGCUAUUCGACGUUAUGAAUAUCAUAUUUCAUUUUAAGUUUUUGUCAAAGAACAUUGCAUUGAAGUUUGUGUCUUGUACUUUAUGCUUGCAAUAUACGCAUUUGCAUUAUAGACUAAGAGCAAUAAAACCAAAAUGUGGAACCAUUUUUCAUAAUAAUAGCUAAUUAUCAAUAGUUUUGGGUUGUACACAUUUGAGUAGUAAUUAUUAAUCUUCAAGAAAAAGUCCAGUUUGUUAUUACUAAAGUGAUAAGUUGAAAAGAUCAAUGAAUAUCUGUAUGCUUAUUUUCAAUAACCUUUAGUUGAAUCUCGUAUAGUAUGUUUUUUCUUUAAUUGUUAGUAAACAUUACCAAAGUCGUUCGUAAUAGUCAAAAUGUAUUUAAUUUGUUACUCGCUGUCACACAGUGAUAAUAUAUGUUCAUGACUUUUUCUGCCUUUAAGGUGGUAAAAUUCUACAAUGUUGAUUUACUGAACUAACGUCUUUUGAUUAUACAUAAUGGAGAGGACUGUACCAAAGAUGAUUUUGUACAAAUAGAAAAAGAAAAAAUGUGUUCAAAAGUAUAUACAAAUAAAUUAAAUGUGUAAAUGU